AUGCUUCGUUCUAAGUUUAUCUCAUUGCUACUCUUAGCCACUCUUGCUUUUGCGUACUUUUCACCAAAACAAUUGGAAAUCUUGGACCUACACUAUAAAAUCCAACCAAAGAAAUCCAAUGGUGAACCAACACGGAACUUUUAUUCGAUACUUAACGUCCCAGCAAACGUGGAUGAAGAACAACUAGAGAAGGCCUACAAGAAACUGAGUAGAAAGUGGCAUCCUGAUAAAUUUGUUAGGGCAGAAAUGAAGGAAAGAAGGAAGGCUGAACGUAAAUUUGAAACUUUGUCGUUGGUUAUGUCUAUUUUACGUGACGUUGAGCGUCGUAAAAACUAUGAUUACUUUUUGAAACGUGGUUUCCCCGUAUGGGACGAAAAUAAAUCCCGGUACGUAUUUAAAAACAGAAGCAAACCAACGUUUAAAGUAGUCAUUGUGUCCUUGCUGGUCUUUGCAACAUUGGCACAGAUAGUCAUCAAAAAGUUGAAUACAAAUCAGAAAAACAAGAGAAUAGAGAAAAUCCUAAGAGACGUUAGAUGGAAAGCAGAUAAUAUGAGCAAACAAGACAACCAAACCAAUAAAAUCAUGGAAUUGCCCGAUGAUUUUGAAAUGGGCUCUACGUCUAUCCCAUCCUAUUCUAUUGAUGAUAAGUUAGUUACUUAUUGUGGGAGAGUAUUUAUUGUCAAACCAGAUAGAAGUGUCCUCUUAUAUAACGACGAGAGCAUCGACACGGAAAAUCAACAAGAAAUGAACGAUUUGGUAAAGAAAAUCAUUGAUUCAGGUCAUUUUAAUCUCUAUGGAUUCCAAAAGAAACCCACAAAUCGAAAGGAAAGAAGGCAACAAAAUAGGGAAUCUAAAAAGGGAGGUGCCUCUGAUGAGGACGAUAUUCUUGAUCUUUUGGUCCAAUUUAGGACAGAGGAGUCUAGCUUAAAAUUGUCGGACUUAUUAGUUUUUAAAAUUCCGAUUAAACUGUGGAACAUAAUUUUGGGCCAGCUCAACACUAUAAGAAACUUUGAAAACCUUAGUAGUGGCAGUUGUAAGUCUAAAACACCUCACGUUGGCGGGGUUGAAAAGGAAACCAGAGAAGAGGGAGAUGAUGAACAAGAAAAGGAAGCAAAAAAGGAAGGUUAUGAGAUUGUCAAUAAGCCAAGGGAUUCCAAGGAUGGUAAGAUCGUGUUACCUAACGGUAAAGUCUUGCACUCUAGACGGAAAUAG